UGUACCUUUACUUCAUAAACAAACCGGCUCAGGUUAACGUUACUGCUGUCUGAGUUAAGAGGAGACUCGGCACAACACUGCACUUUGAAUGAAAACGAGAGGAUUUUAUGCACAAACUGGAUCUGGAAAGGAAAUGUCCACUCGGGAUUCCACGGCAUGGACUUUCUAACACUUUAUCCGCGUUUUUCCGUGUGUUGAUGAGGACUAAGGGCUCUGUCAAUAAUGGCCGGUUCUGUUCUUGGGAAUUAUGAAUCUCUAAAUCAAACCAACUGCACCCAGUUCAAAUACUUAGCGUACACUAUCACUUAUACCAUAAUGGUUCCAUUUGGACUGUUCAGUAAUUUGGCUGCUCUGUUUGUGUUCUUGAGAGAGACAACUAAGAAGUCAGCCAGCACUGUGUUCAUGACAAAUCUGGCUAUUUCUGAUGUUUGCUUCUCCUUAACAUUGCCCUUUCGCCUGAUUUACUACUUUAGGGACUGUCAUUGGGACUUUUGGGACUGGCUGUGUCGCUGGUGUGUGUACUCCUUCUAUGUUAACCUCUAUACCAGUGUGCUGUUUCUCACAGGACUAAGCGUUCUGCGAUAUAUUGCUGUGGUGCACCCCAUUCGAAAUAAGAGCCUGGUGACGAAACGGCGGGCCAGUUUCGCAUGUUUUUGCAUUUGGGUGUUUGUUGCGAUUAUGUCCAUUCCUUUCCUGAUGACAGGGACGAAGGAGGCUAACAAUAAAACAAGCUGUUUUGAAAUUAAAAACAUGAGAGACUGGAAACGAGUGGAAAAACUCAAUUAUUUGGGCCUGGUGUUUGGCUUCCUGAUCCCAUUUAUCACCAUCCUGGGCUGCUAUGGGUGCAUCAUCCAAAGACUAUUUGCCAGUCGGAAGUUACAGAAUCGGCGGAAAAAGCAGAGCCAGCGCUGGCGAACGUUGUCUCUAAUCAUUGUUAUUCUCAGCACCUUCCUGCUAUGCUUUGCACCGUACCACAUAGUCCGCACACUUCAUCUGCGGGCUGCUGUAACGGGAAAUAAAGUUCAGGAGACAAAACUGCUCAAGAUUUUGGUCAUCACUUUGUGCAUGGCUGCAGCCAACAGUUGCCUGAACCCCUUAUUAUACUAUUUUGCUGGAGAGAGCUUCCGAACCUCCUUCAGUAGGGCCUCACGCCGCAUGACAAUCAGCUCUUUAAGUGAUAGUAUGCGUCUGUCACGAUAUUCGUGGAACCUGAGGAACCAACCAGGAACCCAGAGGAGGAGGUGUCAGUCCAUAGACAUGGUACAGCAUACAGAGGAAAAGCUGGACUUGGGCAGAUAGUAAAUAGAAAUAGAAAUGCCUAACUAUAUUUUAUUGUCUAAACCCUUCUGUCACUUUCAGACACGUAAUAGAAAAUAUUUGUCAAAUACUAUGGCAUCAAAGAUGAAGUAGAAGCAUAAAUGAGAUUUCCAGAAAAAUGCAAGGUCCACCUUACUAAACACCACCUUACUAGUUUUUAAUCACUAUAUUAACAUACACAUACAACAGUCAUUUAUUUAUUUAUUUAUUUAUUUAGUUGUUUGUUUGUUUAUUUAUUGUUCAUUUUUAAACUGGCUAAAUGUUUCUAAAAUAGCUGAUAUGCUAUUUUAGCUAAAUAAAUUUAGCUAAAUGCCAAAAUUCGUAAAUUUCAGUUUUAGAUUGGAAAUUUUGUAGAAAUACUUGAAGGUUUUAAUGUCUACAUCACAACAAUCUGCCAGUAUAAACUAGAUCUUUACAUUCUCUGGAACCAACUGAAAAUCCUGAAAAAUUGUGUUUUAGAUUACACAGUCGUAUAAUUGCACACAGGUAAUUAAGUUAAUUACAUGAAUUUCAUGCUUUAUUUAUCAAAAGCUAGAGAUUUUAUUUCAUACAUAUUGAUACAACACUAAUGCUUAUACGACUUAUGUCAAUAUACAAAUAUCAAAUUUAUUACAGUACAAUAUGGUGGUGUCUUUAUACAGUACCUUAUUUCAAUACCACAGUGAUAAACAUUGCCUGGAUAUGUGCUUUAUGUUUCCCUUUUCACUUGAUUAACAUUUUGAAAGAAUAAUAAUGGAAACAUCUGUUCUGAACCAAUCAGUCCAUUCAUGGCAUAUAAUAAUACGAAAGCUGUGCAUUAAACACAUUGCGUUGUGCUGGUGUGAAAGUUUGCCAGGUGUCACUGCAAAAUAUUCAUUCCAACAUCAGCUCAAUCAACUAUCCAAAUAUUGAAGAAAUGGAAAAUAGAGUGAUAUUUUUCUUCUUUGUGUGAGUAUGUGCAUUGGAAAUCACUGGCACAGAUGUAUUUCUGCUUCAUGUUUUUCUUUUUUUUUUUUUUUAAACUCAAUGUGGCAUAAAAUCAGGUAUUUCAGGUAUGUCUGAAGCACAGAGAGGAUUCAGCUGUCAAUGAGUUGUGCUGUAAAAGCCACGCUAUCUCACAGCUCUCUGUACUUUAAAUAAAUGUGUUUUUGAAUUCUG